UACGCGGAGUUUAUUAUUUAAAAAAAGAAAAUGGAUGUAGAAAGGGAGAAUUACUCCCUCACCCAUUUCACACGUUUUUUCAUUCAUUCUUGUAUUACUUUUUUGGGGUCAGAUUUUGCAUUUUCAUUUUCAAUCCCAUAAUUCAAUUAAGAUACUCUGAAGUUGAAAUUGAAGUUCCUAUCCUAACCUAAUAAUGGCUUCAUCAUCUUCAACAACAUUCUGCAACCUCAAAUUUCACUUCAAAUUACCCUAUAAAAAUAGUCAUAUUAACACUUUUUCUCUUCCUCGUAUUCUUCAUAUGAAGCAGGAGGAAAAUCUCGACAGCCAAAUCAAUCGAAGAGAACUCAUAUUGAGGAGCAGUGAAUUAGCAACCAUUGGCGCCAUCUUCAAUUUCAGUGGAAAGAAGCCUGAAUAUCUUGGAGUUCAGAAAAAUUCAGCAGCAUUGGCUCUGUGUCCAGCAACUAACAAUUGUGUGUCAACCUCUGAGAAUGUCAGUGAUCUCAUCCAUUAUGCUCCUCCUUGGAACUAUAACCCUGAAGGUAGGAAAAGUCCUGUGAGCAGAGAAGAGGCAUUGGAGGAACUAAUAGAAGUGAUAGAAUCAACAAGACCAGACAAAUUCACACCACGAGUAGUUGAAAGGAAAGAAGACUAUAUUCGUGUGGAGUAUCAAAGCUCAAUCUUGGGGAACAUUGCCAUUUGCCAUGUGAACAGUUUGUGGACGACGUUGAGUUUUGGUUCCCACCAGGUAAGGGUUCGGUUGUGGAGUAUCGAUCGGCAUCAAGGUUUGGAAACUUUGAUUUUGAUGUGAAUAGAAAAAGAAUCAAGACACUACGACAAGAGUUGGAGAAGAAAGGAUGGGCAUCUCAAGAUACCAUAUGACUAAAACUAAUUAUGCAGAAUUCAUAUUAGCAGUUAAGCAACUAUAACCAAUUAUAAUAUUGUUGUAAUAAUUUUUUAUUAUUAGACUACUGAGCUCACACAAUCAAUGUAGGAGAACAUGUCAUUUAAAAUUUUAUUUUUUAUUAUUUACAACAUUAAUUUUUCUGACUUUUA